CUGGAAGGGGUGACAGCUGAAUUAAUAUUCACGAACAACUUUCACACUACGAAAGACAGGCAUUCGCGAAAGUGUCGUAGCUUUAAGAUCAUAAUAACCUUUGGAGAGACCGCUCUGUGCUACAAGGGCGAAAUUCCAAAAAGUAUAUUAACAGAAAAACCUUCACUGCCCAAUCAGGUAGUGCUUAUUUUUUUAUUAUUGUUGAAACUUCCUUGUUAUCAAGUGACUCAGAGCUGGGCGGCUGGUAUUGUUGCGCCACGCGUAUGCGCAGCCUGUUGCACGUUCAGCGGUAAACCGGAAGUGUGAAUUACAUCAUUUCCGUUGCGCCUCUAAAGAUGAUGGCAGCUUUUAGGUGUUCAGUACAUCGAACUUUACAGAGACGUGUGCUUGAUGACAGCUUCAAAUCGCUCGCCGUGCGAGCCGCGGUACCGUCUUCAAGACGAACAGAACCGGGGGGCAGUAGAGCAGGACAUGACAACGCUUCAGCGACGUGGACUCCAGCGGGUAGCUGGAGCGGCAGCUCGUACGGAGGCCGCGCCUUAAGGAUAGCCUUUGCGACUGUGCUCGGAGUUGGCGGAGCAGCUUUUCUCAGGUCUAAUGAAGAUGACAGGCAGUCUGGGUCUAGCACGGUGUUGAAACUCAGGGGCUCGAUCCUGGAGCAGGCGCUCACCACGGCGGAGUGUGCUUCUCCUUUCAAGCCGGACAGCCCACGAUACAAAUACAACUUCAUUGCGGAUGUGGUGGAAAAGUCUUCGCCUGCGGUAGUAUACAUCGAAAUAAUAGGGCGGCAUCCCUUUUCUGGGAGGGAAGUUCCGAUCUCCAAUGGCUCAGGUUUUAUUAUUAGCAGCGACGGGCUGAUUGUAACCAACGCCCAUGUCGUGGCCAACAAACGUGGUGUCCGUAUCAAGCUUACAAACGGAACCACUUACAACGCCAUCGUUCAGGAUGUGGACCCAGUGGCUGACAUCGCCACUAUCAAAAUCAGCACUCAGAACCCCUUACCCACACUUCCCCUUGGACGUUCAGCGGACGUGCGACAGGGCGAGUUUGUGGUUGCCAUGGGAAGCCCCUUAGCUUUACGUAAUACCAUCACGUCAGGGAUCGUCAGCUCAGUGCAGAGAGGCAGCCGGGAACUGGGCUUGUCCAACUCCAACAUGGACUACAUCCAGACCGAUGCACCUAUCGAUUUUGGGAAUUCUGGAGGACCUCUCAUUAACUUGGAUGGUGAAGUCAUUGGCAUCAAUACCAUGAAGGUCACUGCAGGCAUCUCCUUCGCCAUCCCAUCCGACCACCUUAGGGCCUUUCUCGAUAAGGCUGCAGACAAGAAGAAGUCUUGGUUCGGGGAAUCGGGAUCCAAGCGGCGGUAUAUUGGGGUGAUGAUGCUAACGCUUACACCAAGUAUAAUUGAAGAGCUGAAGACACGGGACCCCUCAUUUCCAGAUGUGGCCCAUGGAAUCCUCAUACACCGUGUCAUCAUUGGCUCUCCAGCCAAUCGGGCGGGGAUGAAGCCAGGUGACAUUGUGGUGGAAAUCAACGGAACAGUUGUGAAGACCUCCGAGGAGAUCUACAAUGCCGUGCGCACUAGUGACAGCAUCAACAUGGUGGUGCGCCGUGGCAGUGACCUGCUCAUGCUGCACAUGACUCCUGAGUUCACCGAGUGAAUCAGCGGGAAGCCAACCGAUCAGGAGGCACAUGGAUGCACUUGGAGAACUCUUUAUAUGUAUUAUGGGUGCUAGUGGGUCUUGUCAGGUAUACUGAAGACAAAAUACACUGAUCAGAUUUAUGGGAGUGUUGAGGGCUACAGUGGCUUAUUUCACAUGGCUUUUGUCCUGCAGGAGUUGUUUGCCUUUAUGGGGAUUUUCCAUAAUGCACAAAAGUGACGUUGUUUUAUUAACAAAGGUGCUUGUUGACAGU